AUUGUCCUUGCGAUCGUUUGAUUGCUGCUGAAAUUGAGUGCUUUGAACCGCGUGCAUUUACAUCUCGAAGGAGUGGUCCCAGAUUGCCGGUUUUCGGUGACAUAAUUAUAGAAAAUUCCUUAUAUACAGACGGUGCAUGCCUCUGCACCUGCAUGCGCUUGUGUAAUGACGCCAACACCACCGUCAUCACCGUCACCACCAACAACGCCGGCACCACCACCAGCAGCAACACAACAACCGCAGUGUACUAUGCCCGCGAGUUGGAUCUCCAACCGACUCAAAAUCCUGUAUGCCAGCGACUCAGAGCAACUCAGCAAUUUUGGCCAUUUGGAUACGGGUAGUGUCAGCUUUAGCCAAACCGAACUCAUGGACAACGAUCUGAGUUUGUUCAGCAACGAUGUGUUGCAACAGAAGGCAUUGAAGCCUAUUGGCUUUGAGGUCAAGACAGGCACUGUGCCACGCUGCAACAACAAUAACAACAACAACAACAAGUACAAACAGUCUUGUGCUGGCAUGAGUACGAUGAUACAUGAGCAACUAAACGCCCCCCAGUUACUUGCCCUCAGCAAAAAUCCCAUUUUACUGCCUCAAGCGCGCUCCCCUUUUCGCCUGUAUCAAAGGCAGGUGAAUGGCCAACGGGAGCACUUGCCGAACAAGAUUGAGCGCGAGAACGAAACAUCAACAACAUCGAGCCAGAUGGGUCAGAUGACGGCGCCAGUCUCAGAAGAUGCCAAGCUCUAUAAGGAACACUUCCCACCACUGCCAGCUCCAAAGCGCAACGGGAUGCCAAAAUGAGAUAUCUAGUGAUCAGGUUAAUCGACAUAAACAGAUAUCAUUUUUCUAUUUACAAUCGGUGGGGGGUCCUAUGUAUACAGGAAUGAUCAAAUGAUCUUAGCAUAAAUAAGAAUUAUUCCAAAUUAGCAAAGAACUACAUUCCUUCAUAAUAAUUCAUAUAAGUUUAUAUGACA